AUGGUUUUGAAAAUUUUCACCUGGGUACUCCUUUUGAAGCUAGCAUUCUCAGCAAAUGAUGGUUUUACUUAUAAUGGAUUCAACAGUGCUAACCUCAGUCUGGAUGGUCUGGCAGCAUUAUCAUCUGAUGGCCUACUGAAACUGACCAAUGUUAGCAAGCAUGCCCAGGGCCAUGCCUUCUUCUCUCUUCCGCUGCAGUUCAAAAAAUCCCCUGCUGAUAGUGUCAUCUCAUUCUCUACCACUUUUGUCUUUGCCAUUGUACCCGAGUACCCGACAUUUGGUGGAGCUGGGUUUACUUUUGUUCUCUCUCCUUCAAAGGACAUGUCCCACGCUUUGCCAAAUUAUUUCCUUGGCCUCUUCAAUAUGACCAACAAUGGAAAGCCAUAUAAUCAUAUCUUAGCAGUUGAAUUUGACACAUCACACAGCCCUGAAGCACAUGACAUUGACAAUAACCAUGUUGGCAUUGACAUCAAUGGUUUGAUAUCUAACCAGUCAGCGCCUGCAGCAUUUAAAUCUGAUGCUGAUGGUCAGUUUAAGAAUCUAAGCCUUUCAAGUGGGAAGCCAAUUCAAGUAUGGAUAGAAUAUGAUGGUAUAGAUAUGCAGCUUAAUGUGACUUUAUCUCCUCUCUGGAUGCCUAAACCCAAGGGUGCUCUCUUAUCUUUACCCAUUAAUCUCUCUAGCAUAAUUUUGGACCAUAUGUAUGUGGGUUUCUCUGCGUCAACAGGAAUAGCAUAUUCAUACUAUUAUAUUCUUGGUUGGAGCUUUAAGAUGUAUGGGGAAGUUCCUGAGCUUAAUCUAUCAAGCCUGCCUUCCCUCCCUCAACCUUUGACAUCAUUUGAGAAAUCAAAGGCUCUAUCAAUAUGGCUACCAAUAUUUCUUUCAAUUCUUGUGCUGGUGACUGCUGCCAUUCUGAAGCUAAUAAUGAUGAGGAAGAAAAAGUUCUCAGAGCUACAAGAGGACUGGGAGCUAGAUUUGGGUUCGAAUAGAUUUUCUUAUAAGCAACUCUACAAGGCAACAGGAGGUUUUAAGGAUAAGUAUCUCCUAGGGGCCGGUGGUUUUGGCAGGGUUUAUAGGGGAGUAUUACCAGCUUCUAAAGUUGAAGUUGCAGUCAAGAGAAUCUCCCAUGAAUCAAGACAAGGUGUGAGGGAGUUUGUGGCAGAGAUUGCAAGCCUUGGCAAGCUUCGGCACCGGAACUUGGUUCAGCUGUUGGGGUACUGCAGACGCAAGGGAGAACUACUCUUAGUUUAUGAGUACAUGCCAAACGGAAGCCUUGAUAAUAAUCUAUUUGGUGAAGGCAGGCAAGCUCUUAAUUGGGGUCAGAGGUUUCACAUAAUCAAGGGUGUGGCCUCUGGUCUCCAGUACUUUGCACGAAGACUGGGACCAAGUUGUGAUUCAUAG